AUGGCCCGCACAAAGCAAGCCAGACCGGUCGAGCGCCAACCGUCGUCGGAGUAUGUCACGCGCCAGACUGGGACCCCGGCGAAGCGCAAGGUCAGCUUCGAUGUGGCCGACGAGACCGUAGCCAAUGGCAACGGCAAAGGGAACGGCGCCCUGCGUGAAAGCAGGAGCGCCCCGGCGACGGCAGACCGCGCCGAGGCCGGCAUCGUGCAGCUCGUCAUCGCCGUCGCCGGUAUCUAUGGCUCCUUCUUGACCUGGGCCUUCCUGCAGGAGCGCCUCACCACGACGCCUCACGGCCCUCCCGGCGCGACCGAGGUCUUCAAGUACCCCGUCUUCCUCAACACGAUCCAGUCGCUCUUCGCCGCGACCACGGGCGCCAUCUACCUCUACUUCAGCACGCCGCGGGGGUCGGCCAUCCCGCCCAUCUUCCCCUCGCGCCGCAUCCUCGGGCCCCUGGUCCUCGUCGCCCUGACCCAGUCGCUCGCCUCGCCCUUUGGCUACGCCAGCCUGGCCCACAUCGACUACAUCACGUUCCUGCUGGCCAAGUCGUGCAAGCUGCUGCCCGUCAUGUUCCUGCACAUCACCAUCUUCCGCAAGCGCUACCCGCUGUACAAGUACCUGGUGGUGGCGGCCGUGACGGCGGGCGUCGCCGUCUUCACGCUGCACUCGGGCAAGAAGGGCCGCAAGCACGCGACCCCGGAGCACGAGCGCAACGUGCCCUGGGGCAUGCUGCUGCUGGCCAUCAACCUGCUGUUCGACGGCCUCACCAACAGCACCCAGGACUACAUCUUCGGCGCCUUCCGCCCCUACUCGGGCCCCCAGAUGAUGUGCGCCAACAACAUCAUGAGCACCGCCGUCACCGCCGCCUACCUGGUCGUCAGCCCCUGGCUCGUCCACACCGGCGUCGGCGAGUGGCUCGGCAUGGACGUCACCGGCAACGCCGGCGAGCUGCGCGAGGCCCUGGCCUUCAUGGCCCGCCACCCCAAGGUCUGGACCGACGUGCUGGGCUUCGCCGCCUGUGGUGCCGUCGGCCAGGUAUUCAUCUUCUACACCCUGUCCACCUUCUCGUCGGUCCUCCUAGUGACGGUCACCGUCACGCGCAAGAUGUUCACCAUGAUCCUGUCCGUCGUGGCCUUUGGCCACAAGCUGAGCCAGAUGCAGCUCCUGGGCGUCGGCCUUGUCUUUGGCGGCAUCGGUGUCGAGGCUGCCAUUGCGCGCCAGGAGAAGCUGGCCAAGGAGGACGCCAAGCGGCGCGCCGUCGAGGGCAAGAAGGAGUCGUAG